AUGAAGGUGUUUCUCGCUGCAGUGCUUGUCUCUCUGGUUCUGGGUAGCGACAUUCGAGAUUCCCUGUCAGGAAUAACAGACCCAUGUGUUGGCACUGAUACUGUGGGCUACUUCCCACAUCCCUCUGACACCACUAAGUUCCUCCAGUGUGGUGGGGGACGCAUGUUCUUAGUACAGUGUCCAACAGGAGAGGUUUACAGUCCAGAUGCUAGAACAUGUCUUCCUCCAGUGAUGAAGACAACCCCUUUGCCAGCGGUGACAGGGUCUGGAAUCCAGGUGUCAAAUCCCUGCAGUGCCCAAAACAUCGCAACUGGCAGUGUGUACUUCCCUGUGCCUGGCAACGUGAACAAGUUCAUCGAGUGCUCGCCUGAUGGUAGUGCCAACCUGCUUGAUUGUCCGUCUCAACUGCAGUGGGACCAAGUUCGACAGUCCUGUGUCUAUAGUCACACACCGUCACAGCAGGCAACACAGGCGCCAGGCACUUUGACAGGUAAAUAUCACUAA